GCAGAGCAAUCAACCCAAAGCUUUUUACUUGUGUUAGUAGUAGCGGAGCUGUAUCAGAGGAAACGGUUGGAUGACGUUUGCGCCGGCCCGUGCUGCUCGUAAACUCCGCUGCAGUCGAAACUCGACCAAGAACCGCGCGCGCGUGCCGUCGCACGUGUCAUGUAGUGCGUCUUCCUGAGAAAGCAGCAGCGACGAUCAACAGGUGCCCGCCUCGUCAUGAGUGCCCAGUACCGGCCGUACCGCGAUGAGGACAACGGCGGCGAUAGCGAGCCGAUGACAUGGCCCGACCACGAACCGACGGGCGCGGUGCAGAUCUACGAGAAGACCACGGAAGACAUACGAGUCGUGUCGCACCGCAACCUCGUGAUCGGCGGCUUGGGCAUCGCGCUGCUCGGGGUACUCGCGGGUCUUCUGGUCGGCUACUUCGCGCACACUGAGCACAGCGGCUGCGUGCGCGGCAAGUCGGUCGCCAUCCACGCCGUGUACGAUGCCGACCCGAGCAUCAGGGCGCGGCUCCUGGGCCUCAUCAAAGCUGAAGGCAUCAACCGAACUGCAGGGCAACUGCUCGAGUUGCGCACGGACCCCGAAAUCGUGGAGCUGCUCCAGAAGCGUUGGAAAGACCAAGGUCUCGAAGCUGUGCAGCUGCAUACGUACGAGGUGCUGCUCUCUUUUCCCGAUUCGUCACGCCCAAACCGGUUGCGGCACUUUGCCAGUGGUUCUGAUAAAGAAGGGGCAGUUUUGGACCUCUUCACGGAGGACCACCGUCCGUAUGUUGCUUACUGCACGGACAAUGGUGCCAUCAGAGGCCCCCUGGUGUAUGCGGGUCGCCUACACUCAACGGACGUGGACUGGCUGCACGGUUCUAACGUGACGCUUGAAGGCAGCGUCCUACUCGUACGGCUCGGUACGGAGCCCUUGGGCCAACAGCUGGCGAUGGCGCAGCGAGCAGGUGCGCGUGCAGUCCUGCUGUACCCUGACCCCCGCGAGUUUCGACCCCUGCCUCCAAGCUACCCUGAAGAGCAGGAAGGCAGCACUGCCUGGUGGUGGCUGCCACCUGACGGAAGUCACAGUGCCAGCCCCCUGGGACCUCUCCUCGGAGAUCCACAGACACCCGGAUACCCGGCUGUAGUGUCUGCCCAUCGGUUGCCUCGGGAGCAGGUGUACCUGCCUAUGGUGCCGGCGCAGACCAUCAGUGCCAGUGUAGCCGAGAUUUUGUUGCGGCAUCUAGGUGGACCGCCAAUGACAGUGGACAUGCAGGGAUCCUUAGGUGGCGAGGGCAACGCCUCCCUUGGCGCUGGACCAGGACCCGUUGAGGUUGAGCUGCAGCUGCACAACAUGCUGCGCAACCAAUCUGUGUUCGACUUAGUCGGCUACGUGCGCGGACGUGUCGAGCCAGAUCGCUACGUGCUAGUGGGCGCUGGCCGCGAUGCGUGGGGCGACUCGGACAUUGGCAGCACAGCCCUGCUGCUCGAACUAAGUGCAGCCUUCGGAACGCUUUUAAAGGCUGAGGGUUGGAGGCCACGCCGCACGGUAAUCUUCUGCAGCUGGGCUGCCGAGGAAUUCCAGUCAGUAGGCGUUGUUGAGUGGCUAGAGGAGAACCUCAAGCUGCUGCAUGGUCGUGUGGUGGCCUACAUCGACCUUGGUCAGCCGGUGCUUGGGUCCACAUCACUGAGUGUGGCAGCCUCCCCGCUACUCUACCAUGCGGUCUUCAAUGCCACCAGACAGGUUCCGACUGGUGGUGAAGGUUCGCCCAGUGUGUACAAGCAGUGGGUGGCCACCUUCCCAAAGCACCGCAACGCUUCGCGGCUCCUGUUUCCUCCUAUGGCUGGCUCUGCUGCCCCAGCGCACCUGGAGGAAGGGGAGGACUGGGACGACUUCAGUGUUGAGCCCCUGGACCUGUUGACCAACUACAGGCACGCUGCCAUGUUGCCUGUGCGACCAGCAGUGCGAGCUAUGGAUGUUGAGGGAAGUUACGCAGCUUUCUUCUCACAGGCAGGCAUUCCAGUGGUGCAGAUGAGUUAUGUGGACGACAUCCUUCAGAAGUUGUCUCGAGUGGCGUUUCCACGCAAGCACACCCAGUACGAUCGCUUCUCGCUGUUCCGAGAACACGUGGACCCAGAGUUGCGGGCGCAUGCCACAGUGGCGGCGGUGGCGGGCGAGUUGUUGCGCACCCUGGCCGACUCUCUCUUCCUGCCCUUCAACCUGUUCGACUACGCGCAGCUACUGAAGGACCUCUGCAUCAGCCUUCACUUGCACACGCGUCAUGGCCUAGACCUGGCUCCUUUAGAUGCUGCUGUUCAGAACUUCUCAGAUGCAGCCUACAAUUUCCACUCACGCCAGAAUGAGCUUGACACUUCUGAUCCAAUGGCCAUCCGAAUGGUGAAUGACCAGUUGCUGCUGCUAGAACGAGUGUUUCUCGAUCCCAGAGGCUUGCCUCGAAACCCUUACAAAAAGCACCUGGUGUUGUCCCCACCUGAGCUGCCCACAUUUCUGGACGAGAUGUUUCCGGGCAUCAUGGACGAGUUCACGCGCCUCGUGGACGAGCUGGGCUCCCCGACCGAUGCGGGUCCGCACCUGGACGUACUGAGGCAGCACUAUGCCUUGCUGGUGCAGGUCAUCCAGCAGGCAGCCUGACACCCUGGCCGCCGUGGUGCCUCCCUAACCCUAGUUACACUCCUCGUGGGUUCAUUUCCUUUCGCAAUUACGAAUAGUGCUAAAGGCUCGUUCACACCUACGACGAACACCAGUUGCGCGAAACGAGUUAGUCGCCAACGCAACUAGCUCGCAAAUGGCUGCUAUGUGACCAUGGUUCCUGUGUGACCAUGGCUGCUAUGUGCACCAUGUUAUGGCAGUCACAAACAUCUGAACCAAUCGCGUGUACAGGAACAGGAUGUCCGCUUACUUUACGGGGCAGUGGCAAUGCGAGCCAUUUGCCAGCAGACAUAAAUUCUGUGUGGUGACGGGUACAAGUUGCAUGCAGGUGUGAACAUUGGUCACCAGUUGCAAAUGGUCACCUGACCAAUGCAAGUUGCAGGUGUGGAUGAGCCUUGGGACAAGCUGAGCACAUAUAGUCGACAAGGGUGGGGGCUUCCAUUCAUUCUUACCAGUGAAUAUUUAUUUAAAUUACAUGUUAGUGCCCUUGGUGGUUGUGUACAGCCCUUGUGAUUGAUGUGCUCUGUUUGCUUUUAGGACGCCCAUAGUGUCGAGCAUGUGCGUAUCGACUAAGUUGUCACCACAAGCAUGUCUAUUUCGUGAAGUUUUUAAUGUUGACCACAGCAAAGGAGCAUCUGUGGUUAGCCACUUGUCCUGACGCUUGCAGUCGUGUCAGAUAUCCUUUUAGCAAAGUUUAAGUCCCUGGAUAGUUUUUUCUCCCAGAACAGGUAACUAUUUCCCACACCAUCUUUCUGAUGCAGCUAUUUAUUUGCUUGGGCAGGACAGGAAUUUCACUUGCUUGGGCAGCCUAGGAAAUAAGGUCAGUUGGGAAACAUCCGUUACUGUAUCGGUUGUUGUAGAGAAAAAAAAAAAAAGCGAAGCAUUAUUGCGGUUUUAGCAAGGCUCUUCUAUGAAAGGCGUCUUUUGAAAUCGUGCUGGGAAUAAUUUUAUAUUCAGUGGUGUCAAUGAGCGGGGAGCUUUGUCUACAACAAAGCCCAGGCAGUGCAGGCUAAGCUGAUGUGCACAUACUCCUGCUCUGCAUUGACGCUUUCCCGGUGAGAGCAAGGUGGCCCCAUUCUUAUCUGGUGUAGACUUCAUAGGGGUAAAUUAUUCUUGGCUAUGCCUUCAAUUUUACAUUACGCAACGUAAAGCUGAAGAUUUUGACGCACAUUUUGACGUGCAGUGUCGCAUUGCACAACAAAUUGCCUCACUGUAGCAUCGAUUUCUCGCAGAUGUCAUAAAAUUUCUGUUGAUUCAUUUCAAAUGCCAUUAUUUUCUGUUAAGUCCAUUCGUGCUACCUUUUAGCUCAUCAGCCCAUGCUGCUGUCAUAAUGUAUGUUUUAUAGUCUUAGAAGAGCAAGCAACUAAAACAUGCAGCUUAGUAGACGAACGAGCCUGGCUAACUUCGCAGGAACUGUUGGCAACUGUCGCAGUGCAGUGGAUUCAGAAGGCGCUCUUAUCAAUCUCUACAGUUAUCAGAACAGCGUGGAAUGAGACAACUAGAGGAAAUGUGCAACACAAGUGCUGUGUGUGAUUGUUGCUGUGUUUCCUCUACUCGCCCCACUCCUCCACUCUUUCUACUCAAUUUCGUCUACCAACUGGCCUUUCAAGACACCCUUUUGUAGUAUCAAACGAUCGCUCUAUGGUAGUAUGACGAGAACAGGUUUUAUCUUUAAACUGCAAAUCUUUUUCAUUGUACGCAGUUGUACCUCACUGCAUUGCACUUCUUUUCUAUCCUGGAGCAGAAUGUGGAAUAGUGCACACUGAUCUGAGCAGUGGUACAGAAACCGUUAUUGUCCCAAAGGGGCCAUGACACAGUCGCCAAUUCAAUUGCAGUUUUCAGCGAUAUGUAGAAGUAGAAGGUAUAUGGUCAUUUUUGGAAAAGUUUUGGCGAGCACACAAUAGACGGAAAACGAAAGGCGAGAAGUCAAACAGGCGCGAACUCACAACUCCUUGUCUUUCGUCUUUUGUUUUCCAUCUAUUGUGUGCCCGCCAAAAUGUUUCCGAGAAUGUCCUCAAACCAACUCGCCCAACUUUCCGCACUAUUACAUUAUAGGGUCUAUGGUACCUGCACAUGUGUGAAACGUGGUCUGUUGAAGAAUAUUUUAUUGCGAAACAUUCACAGCUUCUAAACAUAUUUUAUUGCAAACUACAUAUUGCAAACCAAUAUUUUAUUGCAAACUACAUUCACAGCUUCUAAACAAUGUUGACAGUGUGUCCCACAGGUGGUUCUGCACCUCCAUACAUCUUCCUAUACAAAUGGAACUGCUGUUAAUAGUAACAAAUUUUUCUGCUUUUUUGAGGUUCCGUUUAUCGAGAUUCUGCUAUAGUAACUAGAUAAGUUGUGGCCAUGACAGCUAUACUCAGCAAGAACUUAUCUUAGCAGUGGAGCGAAGGCUACAGGGGGGGCUUUUCGCACAUUCAUGUUGCUCCACAUGUAGUACAGCAGCUUGCUGCUGAUUUCAGUUUUGUUUGCUCACAUUGUUAAUGCAUUUAGAAAUAUAUGUACACGAAAAAUGUGAAUGGAUUUUUUAGUGUAAGGUUAGGUGUCAUAUUACGAGCACUUUUUUUUUUUUUUUUUUGAAAACCAAACAGCACGUUUGCAGCCGCACGCUGAGCCACAACGUCGUGGACGCCAUGUUUACUGUGGAAAACGGGCAUGCUGAAAAGUUGUUGCUGUUUAAGAAAUAGUAACAGCAACGCAAAAAGGCAUCCUCUUAAAGGCGACAAUAACUGUAUCUGACCUACAACUUCCCGCAGUUGUUUCAGUCUCAUUGUAAAUAACGCAGCAUUUAUUUCGGCAAGGCCAAUCAGAAAAUUAUCAGUAAACAUUACUAUUUUUUGGCAUAGUGGCAGGCAUGCACUUAGGUACUUCGACAGUGCUGUCUAGACAAGUUGUAGCCGAGUGUAGUUUUAGUGAUAACAUCUCAAAUUAGUAUUCCACUAAGAGGUUCACAGGUAACAAAUCACAGGGCUGUGAAACGUACGGAGUGAGACUUCUAUGGCCUGACUAUACUUGCAUUGCCCUCUUUCGCUUUGUCAUCUGCUCUGUGCCAAAGGGCAGACAACAAAGCCGCUUGCUGCAGCAACAGACUUGUGGCUCCCAGAGUCUUUUGCUUGCAUUGCCAUCACAAGCACCUUUCACCUCAUUUGGACAUCCGCCACCAAAUGCAUGCAUCCAAGACUCCACUGUCGCCUUCGCAGUGCCACACCAAUGCUUACAGUUGUGGCGCAUACUGCCCAUUCACCUGUUUCAUUCGUCCUGUAGUUAGUUUUAUCGUUAGAUUCCUAGUGGACGACUGAAUGCUGCAAGUGUGCCUUAAUAUGUCGCCAACUACAGGUUGAACAAAAGUGUGUGAGUGUUUUUUUAUAGUAGUCAUUUAUCAUGCAUUCAGCAGUUUCUUCUUUUAUUUUCCACUUUGCUGAGGCAAUCCAAACUAUUACUAAGUUUAAAUUGACUGAAACAGCUAACUGUACGUCGUUGCUUAGAUAUGCAAGUGUGCAAGUUCCGAGUUGCACAGUGUGUGUUUUGCCACAAUGUGUGUGCCAGCAUAAUAUAGCAUUUUAAACUGUACCGUUGUUUGGGCGAGAACAUGCACAUCUUUUGACUUAGUCUUAGCAUCACCACGCUAUACCUCAUUUUUUAUUGUAUCACCCGCUGCUAUUCUUAUUGUUUAUCAAUUACACUGCAUGUUGGAAGGGCGUAGCAAUGACUUUGUUUUGUGUGUAUUACUUGAAGUUUUGUCCUAAUCAUACACGCCUGGGUUAAUGUCAUUCUGCAAGAACGAGCUUUAUUUAAACAUUUGUUAGUGCAGGCAUUUAUUCAGCACUACUAUGUAACACAGGCAUGUCAAGGAGGGCCUGCUGUAGUUGCUACUAUUUUCCGAGGUAUACGUAGAUUUCAUAGCUAAAAACUUGCAGCCAUGUUUUCUAGUUUCGAGCAAGGUUAGAAAAUAUAUGUGGCUCUUACUAACAUAUUUCCUAUUGUCAAGCAAGUAGGCACAGCUAUUGUGGAGCAUUCGUGGCAAUCUGGCAGCUCGACAUUCUGUUGGCAAGAAGAAAAAGCCGUUGGAAUUGAUUCCUGGCUUCAUAUUUUUUGUUUAGCACUAGCAGGUACGUAUCACAUGGGGGAAUUUAUACUGGGUGUGUGCACUAACAAAAACGGACACAUACAGCAAGUGUGCAUGUUACAUUGCCUAGAGUAAAGAAAUGAUUAUGAACUCUCUGCUUUAAAAACCCAGGUGGUGUUAGGUUAGAAUAGUAUGAGCUAGUUUUGCAUUUCACUAAUGCCUUGUUUAUAAACCUUGUAAUAUUUAUUCUUUUUAACCUCUGGCACAUUCAAGCAUCAGAAAUUUAUGAGAUUGUUCAGUGCGUGGCAAUUUUCAAUAUGCGUUGUUUACAUUGCGCACAGAAGGAAAUGCUAAAAAGGAAUUGCUGUAGUAUUUUCAGCGUGAGUUUGAUUGCUAGCACCUCACCGCGGCACAUGCAUAAAUGUUUGGAUGUUUUCGGUCAUUUUUCUUUUGUAUGUUCACAUUGUAUUUCAAGAGCCUGCUGUGAUAGGGCUCUUGUCGUGGUGUGGAUUUUGAUUGAUGAAAGAGUAUCGUGUGAGUUGGUAGUCCCUGUAUGAGAGGAACUGUAAUUUGCACAAUCCAAGGGCAGCACAUUCCAUUUUUCUAGAUUUUUCUUGGUCAUGAAGACCGUGAGUUUUUCGUUUCUGUGACUUGACUAACGAAACACAGCUUUUUCUUUCAUAUGAUGUUCUUUAGUUGUUGUGCAGCUAACAUUUUCCUUCAUAAUCAAAAAACUUACACCUUGCAUCAAGUAACGGUGAUUCUAUUAGCCGAGGCUAUGUCUGCUGACGUUUUUCCAGUUGUUGACAGCGCUGGAAUGUGUGUUAGCGUUAACCACGAUCAUUCAUUGCUGUGAGAAGCCCGCAUUAGAUGUGAACAAUUUAGCAGAGUGUAGCGGCGUUCAUGGGAAAGGGCGCAACCAUGCUAACCUCACAUCUCCUGGAGUGAUUAUCCGGGCUUUACUGCACCUACUGUUUACUGAUUGUUGCAUAUGUGCCAGGUAUUUAUGACUCUUUUGAAUAAGCUGCUGCUUUCAACACGUUCUUAUCUCGUAAGUAGGUGGAUUGACGGCGCAUGCAGUUGAACUCCUCAGCAAAUGACCAAUUAAAUUUGUCCAUGUUUUCAUAGAAAAAACAGCCAGGUACUGAAGCUCAGUUCUUCACUUUUGCUUCAAUUUAUUUUCUUGUAUAGCGAUGAAUACUUAUAAAGUUCUAAAAUGCUGUGAUGAUAAGCUUUACUUUUGCUACGAGUGGUUCAGAUUUUUACAUGAGGAAUUCAUGAAUAUUUGUUUACACUGCUUUCGUGAAAAAUUUGUUGAUUGAAAAAGUAAAUUUAAGUUUAGAUGCGAUGCUGGCCUGUAUUGCUCGAAAGAAGUUAGAAAAAAUGCAUGUGCAGGAAUGAUAGACAAAUGCCUAUCUUCCUGCUCAAAAACAGUGUCUCCUACCAUCAUUUUGGAAACACAACACGGUGCAGACCGGGUUGCAUGCAGACGCCACAAGCAUGUUGCUUUUGAUUCUUUUCGUGCAAAAUGGCCAGUUAUUGCAUUUGGGCAUUGCAGUAACGCAAAAUGACACCUCUGUAUCAAACUUGAUUGCAGAAAUGUUAGCACUUUAAAAGGUUCUUUAUAUAUAGCUGGUGCUCUUGCUCACAUGUUUACAUUUACAUUUGGGAACUAAAUAUUACUGUUUCGUCAUUUGUAGGAAAGACGUUUUACAAUGUGCUGGCACAAGGGCAGUGUUUAGAAUGGCAUCUCAUCUCAACAGCUAGCACUGCAUCAUUGCUAUGUAUCUUUGGCUGGUAUAAUGUAACUAUGUCCCGUUCUCUUUUAAUUCUGAAUCUACAAUCAAUUACAAUCAGUCGAGUUACUUAAAAACCUUCAGGUGAGCAUUUUGCUUGUGAAUCGUGCGGGCACUGAAAAUUGCAGAAUGCAUACGACAUCAGGAUGGUUAGUAUGCAGAGGUUUUGCUAAAUCAAGCUGAACAAACUUGAAAAUCUGUAGAAUAGCUGAAGAAUGCCCCCAUAUUUUAUCCCAAAUAGAAAAUAGAGGGGAAUUUUAUUUUGAAAGAAGUGUGAAAGCUUAACCACCACUGUACAGCUGCGCCAAAUAUGCUCAUAAACAAAUCAAUUCCGUCUCACCACCACUCAGGAUCAUUCAAAGCCAAAAUUAUUCGUGGGCAGUGUUUCUAUAUUCUAUUCAAAAACCACUUCUUUGCCAUUCCAAAAAUUUUUAUUGUGUUUUCAUAGUUAUACUACUGAGCACUAUCAUGGGUUUUGUUGCUUGCUGUGACAAACACAGUAGGUGUGGCCUGAAAUAUUUCGACCAAUCACAUCGUGCUGCCUACCAAUAAGAAAAAAAAAAAAAAACAAGAUACUUUCACAUUAUCACGCCUCUGAAUUCUCAUAGUGCUUCUGCAUAUCUCAUAGCAUCGUGGAAGCCCUUUAGCAUUGUAGUAAUGUUUCUUGUAUCUUUAAUGCUACGAUCGUGGCAUAUUUCUUAGGCAGCUGUGCCAGCUAAUAUUGUGUUGCCGUAUUUAUUCCUAUUUUUCUUUGUUACUGUCUUUAUUUUCUGUAUCAGCUUACGUGUUUCUCAUCGCACUUACAUAUUUUAACAUGCAUCCUCUACUGGUGGUGUAGGGCAGUCGGUCUAUCCAUUCUUGCCGUGUAUGGUCCAGCUGACUCACUUUCAUAAAAAUCUGAUAAAGGAAAUAAAGUCGGUCUUGCAAAUUAAAUAGAAAAGAAGUUGUUUUUACAACAACCCAGAUAACUCAAUUCUUGCUUGUUAAUUGUGUUAAGAAGACUCAUAACUGAAAUAAGAAAGCUUGUAUCAACAAAUUGCGUUUUGAAAAUGCAUACAUGUGAAUGGUGACAGCACACUAAAAGUCCUGCGUUGAUUUGCUCAGAUGUUACUGAUCUCAGAAGCAAAUGUUCGGGUAAAUACUUUUCAUUGAAGAAACACAUCAUUGUAAUAAGAAAAAAGGUUGGCCCAUGUACUCGGAAAGCAGCAUCAAAUCGUGACAUCAUCAGCACCUCAUUUUUUUCACAGAAUGUAAAACUAAGGGUGAGAUUGAUAUACUUUUGCUUUAUUAAAACAAUAGAGAUUUUGUUUUUGCUGAAGAUUAAGUUAGCCUGUUGUGUUUUCUUUAUCGUUUUAAAUUAUGACGAGUUACUCAGCAUUUACGAGUAGAUAUGAGUAUACAGAAAUUUUCUGCUUAAUUGAAGUGGAGCAGCUGCGUCAUGCACAGCUUGAGUGCUUAUCAUUUGUGAUUCUAUAAAAGCCGGUGGUUAAAGAAAAAGCUGAUUUUUCCUCAAAGGGAUCAGAGUGUUCUUUAGGUUGUGUUCUUAGGAGCCUGGCUCCAAGUGAAAAAUUUGUGCCUUUAGCUACCAGCUUGCGACUUUGCAAGUACUGUAUGCCUCUUGGCAUGUGUGUGUGCAAGUGCUGGAAACGUGAAAUAUGUAGUUUUCUUAUUCAAUAAAUGUCUGACAUUGCUAAGACAUUUUCUCUACUA